CACGUUCAAAUAAUUCAUAUUUGUCGAUAUAUCGGUGCAGUUUUGAUCCUUGCAAAUAUUUCACCAUGUAUAAGUAUUUCUAUAUAUUAGUCCUUUGCUUGUUAGCUGGUAGUGGAGAAGGAAAGACUGGUUCAGGAGACUCAUGCUCCUCUGCAGAUGGGUGUGAGUCAAACGAAAUUUGCUACGGUUAUGACUCUGGAAGCUGUUAUUGUCCUUAUGGCUUUAAGGGGGACGACUGCAAGGAACCGGAUACAAGCCUUAUUGACGAGAAGUGUGACCUACCCGCCGAUCCAGAGGGUAGAUGCCCGGAAAUUCCCCCAGAAUGUUCAAAUGAAGAUUGCAAAGAUCACGAGAUUUGUUGUUCAACUGGAUGUGGAGCACAAUGUAUAAUUAAACCGGAACUUAAGUGUACAACAACAGAUGAUUGUAAAGCGAAUCAGGUAUGUUUUAAAAUUGAUGUGGAAGAAUAUAUGUGCACGUGCGCGUUAGGAUUUGGAGGCGAGGAUUGCAUGGAACACAAAGAUAUAGAUGAACGAUGUCCAUUACCGAAUGAUAUCAUUGAUGUUUGUGAAAGUCCUAACACUGAAGAAUGCAUAGAACAGGGCGAUUGUCCAUCAAAACACAUAUGCUGUGUAGCACCGGACGCCUGUUCGACCACUUGCUUACCGUUAGGAUGUGAAAAUGCCGUAGAACUGAAAACAUGUACGGACCAGAAUAAACUAUGCAUAAAUGACGACUCUAACGAUGGUUUCAGUUGCUUAUGCCCACAAGGAUAUGUCGGUACCAUGUGUGAAACAGCAUUGCUCGAUGAACAAUGCGAGUUUCCGGAAGUUACUGGCGAUACAUGCCUUGAAUUAAAUCCAACAUGUGCAGAAAAUAAAGAUUGCGAAGGAGAUAAUAUCUGCUGUUCAACAGGAUGCGGAACUCAAUGCGUACCCCCAGAUUCACCUCCCCGCAAGACAUUAGAUCCUAUGUUACUUGCCAUUCUGGCCAUGUCAAACGGUGGGCGUCAAACUCCCGUAGUUUCUCCACCAUAUGCACCUUAUUGCCCACCGAACCUAUGCAGUCAACUAGUUUGUCCCAAAAAUGUGGGCGCAAGAUGUCAACCGAUCCCAGGACAAUGUGAUGUGCAUUUUUAUGACCAAUACACCAAUCAGAUGAUUACGCAGUAUUGUCGGUGCGACGGAGGUGUGCAAGAAUACAGUUCUUGUUUUGCCAACAUUUGUUCUGACAUCUAUGGCAGGCCAUUGGUGUGUCGCGGAAAUCCCAACGCAAGAUGUCGCGUAACAAGAUGUGGAUCCUGCAUGGCAUAUUGGAUCGAUGAACGUACAGGACAACGCGUUCAGUGUAACUAAGUCUUAAAAUCCACAGGGAUCUCAAGUAUCCUUCAACAAUAUAAUGAUUUUCUUGAAUUUUUGUAACACAUUAGGUUUUCAAUAUGAACAAGUAAAAACCAAAUACUUUUACAUAUUCACACAUCUGUUGCAUCUAUCUGUGAUAUAACCUUCAAAUUUCUCAUCUCAUACGUGAUGCAGAUAACAACGCAGAUUCUGAGAAUACAUGAUGUUAUUUAUUAAUUUCCUCUUCUUGUAAUAUCGUUCAUCUUGCUUGUAUUUAAGGCGAAUAAAAUGAUUCGAGAUUCAUAUGUACGUAUAACAAAGCCGUUCAUUAAGAUUUGAAAUAUUGAAUACAAUUGAACAUGUAAUUCUA